AAAAAAAGAAUUAUACAAGAAUACGUCCUUAAGGGUUAACUCUCUGUCCAAGGACUCAGGGGGACAGUUGCUGAACUCUGCCUUACUUCUCUCUUUUCUCCAUCCUACCCACACCCCUCACCAUCAUCACCACACAAAAACAUCUGCUCUAAAUCGUAGGGGAAUUCCUAGAUUAUAUUUCCUGUGAAGGUGUCAGCUGGGCAACAUUUAGCAACUCUUGAAGAUCUUUCUCCAGCUUGCACUAACUGGACGUUGUGUCCAGUCAACUCAUCUGCUUUCUGGAAGAUUGGGAACCUCUGUGAACCUCAGGGUUUUCUGUUCGAAGGGAUUCUGAAACGGACGAGCUAGGGCACUCAUUUGCAAGGUGCUGCCCCCCUCCACCAAGAGAACUGGGAACAGAGGUGGUUGGUGUCGUUCAGCAGGUCCUAUGAUCAUUCUGGCCCAGUAGGGUCAGUAAUGGCAUUGGAAGGGAGAGGUUUCUGACUUUUGGUGAACAUAAUCAUUGUAGUGCAGUUAGGGGUCUUCCACUUGCUUUUUGUGUUUGGAGAAUGAGGUUCCUUCUGCCUCCUGCUUAGGAUUUUGUAAGGUGAUUUAGACUGCCACCUGGGUGGACCGUUGGGCUGCAGAAUUCCUAACAGCCUAAAAGGUCAUAACCACCAGGAAGGUGAGGGUGUCCCAGUAUAUAGGCAGAAAACCAAGACAGGGAGUUAGACAUUAGGCUAGAAAAGAUUUGACACAGAGGAGGGUCAGGGACCAGAAGCAGUGGGCAGAGUUAAAUCCCAGACCUGCAAGCAAAGGGCGGCAAGAAAGAAGCCAAUUCUUGCUUCCUGAAGUAGGAUACAUGAAGGAAAAGACCAGGUGUCAAGAGAAAAGCCAAGAUCCUGGGGGUGCUCAAGAGAUACCCUCAUUCUCCACUUGACAAGGUCAUGGAAGAUCUAGAUGAAACAUUAUUUGAAGAAUUUGAGAACUACUCCUAUACCCUGGAAUAUUACUCCUCAGAGUCUGAUUUGGAGGAGAAAGCCCACCUGGGAGUUGUUCACUGGAUCUCCCUGGUGUUAUACUGUGUAGCAUUCAUUUUGGGUAUUCCAGGAAAUGCCACUGUUAUUUGGUUCACCGGGUUCAAGUGGAAGAAGACAGUCACCGCUCUCUGGUUCCUCAAUCUGGCUAUUGCGGAUUUCAUUUUUCUUCUCUUCCUACCUCUGUACAUCUCCUACGUGGCCAUGAAUUUCCACUGGCCCUUUGGCAUCUUGUUGUGCAAGGCCAAUUCCUUCAUUGCCCAGCUGAACAUGUUUGCUAGUGUUUUUUUCCUGACGGUGAUUAGUCUGGACCGCUAUAUCCACUUGAUCCAUCCUGUCGCAUCUCAUCGGCACCGAACCCUAAAGAACUCCCUGAUAGUUAUUACAUUCGUUUGGUUUUUGGCUUCUCUAAUGGGUGGUCCUGCCCUAUACUUCCGGGACACUCUGGAGUUCAAUAACCACACUCUCUGCUAUAACAAUUUCCACGAGUAUGAUCCUGACCUUACUUUCGUGAGGCACCAUGUUCUGACCUGGGUGAAAUUUAUUGUUGGGUACCUCUUCCCCUUGCUAGCAAUGAGCAUUUGCUACUUGUGUCUCAUAUUCAAGGUGAAGAAGCGAAGCAUCCUGGUCUCCAGUAAGCAUUUCUGGACCAUCCUAGCUGUGGUCAUGGCCUUUUUGAUUUGUUGGACUCCUUAUCACCUGUUUAGCAUUUGGGAGCUUACAAUCCACCACAGUAGCUAUUUCCACCAUGUGCUUCAGGCCGGCAUCCCCCUCUCCACCGGCUUGGCAUUCCUCAAUAGUUGUUUGAACCCCAUCCUCUACGUCCUAAUUAGUAAGAAGUUCCAAACUCGCUUUCGGGCCUCGGUUGCUGAGAUACUAAAGCACACGCUGUGGGAAGUCAGCUGUUCUGGCACAGUGAGCGAACAGCUCAGGAACUCUGAGACCAAGAACCUGUGUCUCCUGGAAACAGCUCAGUGAGUUAUCACUCUUCCACAAAUCAGUGCAAAGCUUUUAUGUGGGUCCCCUGACAAAUGCUUUCAGGUUAUUUGGUUCCAAGGUACAGAACUAACCUUAUCUUUUUGUGGUUAUUUUUAGUCAAUUUAUUGGCAUUACAUUUUUGUGUGGGUAUAAACCUUAGGAAAGAUCUUCAUUUUCUUUCCCCCCUGCAACUUAAAUUAUCUGUCAUUUUUGCUAAUUAUACCAUAUUGGAUUAGUCACCACUGGUGACACAGUAUCAGCUAUUUUUUUAAAUCUUAGUAAUUUGGAAGUCCUAAAUCUUAAUAUUAAAUAUAUGAUUAACUCAUUUCAAAAGUGUUAAAAUAUGUGCUGAAGCUCACUUCAGUUUUGCACAAGGAACCUAUUAGACGUGUCUUAAAAAUGCAGCAUGUACUUAAUUUCUUUAUUUCAUGAAAUCUAUGUAUAUACAUUUAUAAAUUAAAGUAAUGGUUAUAGUAGCUUAA